AUGAUCUGGUCGAAUCGUGAUAAUUAUGUCGGUCAUUGGAUUGACAGCAAGAUGCAUGGAUUAGGUACAAUGCGAUAUGCGGAUCGCAGAAUAUAUACUGGUGGUUGGUUAAAUGGCAGGAAAUCGGGUCUGGGUGCCAUGGGUUGGUCUAAUGGCACAAAAUGUGAUGCUGAUUGGAUUGAUGAUGACGCAGUUUGUGAUGCCAUUUGUUUUCCACAAUGUUCGAAUGGUGGAAAAUGCACUGGACCAAACUCUUGUACCUGUACAUCAUUCUGGACUGGACCUCGCUGUGAAACACAACCAAAAUUCAACAAAUGGAAGCAAGAUGCCAUCACUGUGGUUGGUGGAAAUGGAUGGGGACAACAAUUAAAUCAACUCGAUUACCCUUCUGGAAUCUUUAUUGAUAAAAAGAAAAAUAUUUUCAUUGCUGAUAAUCGUAAUCAUCGUAUUGUUGAAUGGAAAUAUAAUGCAAAAGAAGGACAAAUCAUUGCAGGUGGAAAUGGCAAAGGAGAUCGAAUGGAUCAAUUGAGUUAUCCGACAGAUGUGAUUGUUGAUCAACAAAAUUAUUCGAUCAUCAUUGCUGAUCGUGGGAACAGACGAGUGAUUCAAUGGUUGAAUCAAAAUCAACAAAUUCUGAUUGAGAAUAUUGACUGUUAUGGCUUGGCAAUGGAUAAACAUGGAUUUCUUUAUGUUUCUGAUCUCGAGAUAAAUAAAGUGAGAGUGAGACGAUGGAAAAUGGGUGAAUAUAAUGAAGGUGUUAUAGUGACAGGUGGAAAUGGACAAACAAAUCAACUAACUACUCCAGAUUUUAUCUUUGUUGAUGAAGAUCAAUCUGUUUAUGUAUCAGAUUCUUACAAUAGUCGUGUGAUGAAAUGGAAAAAAGAUGCAGAAGAAGGAACAAUUGUGGCUGGAGGGAAUGAUUAUGGAGGAAAUCUCAAUCAAUUGUCUUAUCCUCAAGGAGUAAUUGUUGAUGAUUUAGGUCAAAUCUAUGUGGCAGAUUAUUGGAAUCAUCGAGUAAUGCGCUGGUGUGAAGGAAAAAAAGAAGGUGAAAUUGUUGUUGGUGGUAAUGGUGAAGGAAGUCAAUCAAAUCAAUUUAAUGGUCCCCGUGAUUUAUCUUUCGAUGAUGAAGGCAAUCUUUAUGUUGUUGAUUAUUAUAAUAAUCGAAUUCAAAAAUUCGAAAUUAUAUUGUAA